ACUGAAUCUUUUUCCAUAAAUACGGUUUCUCGUCGUUCAUUGCUUUUUAAAUCUGACAUAAUCAACAUUGGUACACUAAUCUGGUGAAAAAUGGCCGAGAGUUACGGAAGCUUCGACAUCCCCAAGACGUGCAAAGCUGGCGUCGUUGUGAAUGAGGGACCAGAUUUCAAGCUGGUGGUCGAGGAUGUGCCAGUGCCGGAGCCUGGUCCCAACGACGUCCUCAUCAAGCUCAACGCGACCGGGGUCUGCUACUCUGACAUCCACUACAUGCUCAACGACCUCCCAAUCCCUAAAAUGUCCGCCUUCGGUGUACGUUCCCCCGGCCACGAAGGCGCCGGCAUAAUUGUCAAACUUGGAUCCAACGUCACGAACUGGAAAGUCGGCGAUAGAGCGGGUAUCAAACCAGCCUACGACGCCUGCUUGAACUGCGAACUCUGCUGGUCCAUGAAGGAAACCUAUUGUGACCAGAGUACGCAGAUUGGCUUACAAUUUCCAGGAAGCUAUCAACAGUACGUGUUGAGCCCGGCGAGGUAUACGUCGAGGAUUCCAGAUGGCGUAGAUGAUUUUACUGCCGGGCCAAUUAUGUGUUCUGGGUCGACGAUUUACUGUUCUUUGAAGGAGAGUGGGCUGAGGCCUGGUGAUUGGGCUGUAUUUCCCGGUGCAGGAGGUGGUGUUGGGCAUAUGGGCGUUCAGUUAGCAAAGGCGAUGGGCAUGAAAGUGGUAGGAGUGGACGGAGGGGAUGAGAAGAAAGACUUGUGCAUGAAGUUAGGAUGCGAUGCAUUUGUGGAUUUUACUAAAGUUAAAGAUGUACCUACGGAAGUGGUCAAGAUCUGCGAUGGGAAGGGUGCGCAUGGGGUCUUCGUAACAGCGACAAAUGGAAGUGCGUAUGCCACCGCCCCAAUGAUGACACGAAUCAGUGGAAAGGUUAUGUGUAUUGGUCUUCCUCCGACAGGAACCGCAAUUGCCGGAGCAGAUCCCCUUCUUUUUGUCGGCAAGAAUCUGCAUAUUAUUGGGACGAAAGUGGGAUCUCUACUUGACACACAACGAGCUCUUGAGUUCGCUGCAAGAGGUCUCCUCAAGCCGAUUUACGAAGUCUUCCCUCUAGCAAAGAUGCCUGAUGCAGUGGAGAAGCUGCGCGGUGGUAAUGUUGCUGGAAGGCUAGUGGUCGACUUCAACUCGUAGUUCGGUUCAUUUAGUGAAUGCAGAGGGUUAUUCUCAUUAAGCGAGAAAUUUCGAGAGAAGGCCUUUAUUCCCUUUGCGCAACCAGAGGGGUCUGGAGCCUUGACCUUAGAAACGAUAUACAAGCUUGAUCCGCAAGACACGUAGCAC